CGUCACCUGGGUGAGUGUGUUUUGAAAGGGAUGCUGGUUGGUUAGCUGGCUAUUGGGAUUACAGCGGAAAACGGAGGCUGGUUUUAUGAAGUAAUUUUGAUAAACUGUAUCUACGAGACUGUCUAAAACGUGUAUGAUGAACGGUGAAAGAUCCAGACCUGAGUCCCCUCUGUGCGGGUAAUGGCAGCACCUCUGCAGUCAUAUGACAGUAACUCCAGUGAUACCGAAAACGAGGAACGAAAAGCAACAAGCCGACCUCGCAAACUCUGCAAUCAUUCGAGCAGUCAGGCCAGAGCUUCUCGAGUGGAGGCAGAAGAGAGGAAGAUGAGCAUGCAUGGUGCCAGUGGGGGUUGUGACCGUUCACGUGACCGCCGUCGUUCUAGUGAUCGCUCUAGAGACUCCUCACAUGAAAGAGAAGGGCAACUCACCCCCUGCAUUCGGAACGUCACGUCACCCACCCGCCAGCUCAACAGUGAUCGUGAGCGGGAUGGCCCAUCAUCGAGGCCCAGUAGCCCAAGGCCUCAGAGAAUCUCACCUAGUGGUUCCAGCAGCAGCGGGGUGGUGAGCAGUCGCAACAGUAGCUUGUCCAGCACUGAAGGCACCUUAAAAAGUUUGGGAGCUGGAGAAAUGGUUUUUGUUUAUGAAAACCCUAAAGAGAGUGGAGCAAAUGCCGCUGUUGGAAACCGAAACGUUAGGAGCUCAGAGAGAGUCACCCUAAUUGUUGACAACACGCGUUUUGUCGUGGAUCCUUCCAUCUUCACUGCACAACCCAACACCAUGUUGGGCAGAAUGUUUGGAUCUGGAAGAGAUCAUAAUUUCACAAGACCCAACGAGAAGGGAGAGUACGAGGUGGCUGAGGGCAUAAGCUCCACAGUUUUCAGAGCAAUUUUGGAUUACUACAAAUCUGGGAUAAUCCGCUGUCCAGAUGGAAUCUCCAUCCCUGAGUUGCGGGAGGCGUGUGACUAUCUAUGCAUCUCCUUUGACUAUAGCACCAUCAAGUGCAGAGACCUCAGUGCCCUGAUGCACGAGCUGUCCAAUGAUGGGGCUCGACAUCAGUUUGAGUUUUACCUUGAAGAAAUGGUUCUGCCUUUAAUGGUGGCCAGUGCUCAGAGCGGGGAGAGGGAAUGCCACAUCGUCGUCCUUACAGACGACGAUGUGGUGGACUGGGACGAAGAAUAUCCUCCACAAAUGGGCGAAGAGUAUUCACAGAUCAUUUACAGCACAAAACUGUACAGAUUUUUCAAGUAUAUUGAAAACCGAGAUGUUGCCAAAUCAGUUUUAAAAGAGAGAGGAUUGAAGAAAAUAAGACUGGGCAUUGAAGGUUACCCUACCUAUAAAGAGAAAGUCAAGAAGCGUCCAGGAGGUCGUCCGGAGGUCAUUUACAACUACGUCCAGAGGCCCUUCAUACGCAUGUCCUGGGAAAAAGAGGAGGGUAAAAGCCGACAUGUGGACUUUCAAUGUGUGAAGUCUAAAUCCAUCACCAACCUGGCAGCUGCAGCCGCUGACAUCCCCCAAGACCAGCUGGUGGUGAUGCACCCCGGUCCACAAGUAGAUGAACUGGACAUCCUGCCUAAUCAUCCACCCAGUGGGAACCACUACAGCAACAACUACAGCAAUGAGCCUGAUCCUGACGCACCUUCACCUGCUGUUUGAGGACUCUGGUCCUCCAUUAAUGCCUCUGCCCCUCUCUUACCCUUGUUGUCCUAUUCCCAGCAUGCUGCAGCAUGGAGCGCCUGGGGCACCAGAACCAUAUUGCCUUGACACCUCCUUUGCAGCCUUAGAGCCUCAAGAACCUGGGUGACUGGAGAGACAAGAAACUCGAGGAAAUAAAGGCUGCUAAAUGAAAGGGUUCACUGUUGUUUUCAUUUUGUUUGUUUUUUUACUUGACCAAAGGAAUUUGUUGUUGUUUGAGAGGGAAAAAACAGUAAAACUUAGUAUUAACAUGAUUAUGGUUAUUAUUUACAAUGUUGUAUAUUUCUCGAUGGGUUUGGUCGAGCACUGUGUGGUGUCGCUGUUUUCCUUCCAGGUUUUGUUUUACAGAUAAUUUGUGUUUUUGGUGGCAUACUUGAGAUGCUUUGAGGGGAAGAUUUGUGAAAAGAGAAAUUAUGUCCUCAGCAUUUACUGUCAUGAUCUCCAGCAGAACUCCUCAUCGAUGUCUUAGAACCUUGUUAUGGGAUAUGUUGUCACUGGUUGGCUGGGUUUGGUAUGUGAUGUUACUCCUCCCACAGCCGAGAUGUUAAGCAGAGAGCACGAGCUGCUGUGGUCAGAGUGUGUGUGCAAAGCUUGAAAUUGUUGUUUAAAAUCGACUUGUAAAAUUCUGAAAUAAAGAUCAAAU